AUGGGGGACUUGCCUAAGGAGCGUCUGGAAGGAUCGCGGGCCUUCGAAGUAACUGGAGGGGACUAUUGUGGACCCUUUUUCUACCGAUCAGAAAUCCGCACGAGGCCUCCGAUCAAGUGCUACAUAAGCGUGUUUAUUUGCUUCACAUCUAAGGCCAUACACAUGGAGCUUGUUAAAGAUCUGACCACCGCAUCGUUCCUAGGCGCACUGAAACGUUUUACGUCCACUCGAGGAAGGCCAAGUCAUAUUUGGUCGGAAAAUGCUACAAAUUUCGUUGGCGCUAAGAAUGAGCUUCUGGAGCUGAAGAAGCUUUUCCUGAGCGACUCGCACAUGAAGGAAGUCCAUGAAUCCUGGCAUUUCAUCCCCCCGCGCUCUCCGCACUUUGGCGAAUUGUGGGAAGCGGCCCUUCGACGAGCUCCGCACCUUGAUCUGCCAGACGCGGCAAUUGUUAAUUCUCGCCCUUUGCUCUCGCUUUCAGAAAAUCCUGAUGACUUGGAUGUGUUGACGCCUGCUCAUCUGCUUUUGGGAGGCCCGCAUCAGUCAAUUCUCGAGCCUGACCUAACGAAGCUCAACUACAACCGUCUGGAUGGUUGGCAGCGGGUCACUCAACUGCAGCAGACAUUCUGGAGGCGUUGGCGCGAAGAGUAUCUGACUCUUUUGCAAGAGCGCUCGAAGUGGCGUACGCCUGCGAAAAACCUCUGCGUCAACGAUGUCGUCUUGGUGAAGGAUGAGAAUCUUCCUCCAAUGCGUUGGCCACUGGCAAGAGUGGUCAACGUCGUCAAAGGCAAGGAUGGAAUAUGCCGCGUUGCUGAUUUGAAGACGGCUUCAGGAACCAUCAGGAGGGCCAGAAUGACCAGAUGGCCGAAUCUGAAUCAGAUGUCGUUCAACCCGGACAUCGUCCGCGACAGCACAUUCCGCCACAACAGCAGAGACUCGAAUGUUAACACAUUCGAAUCAACAUCCGGCGAGUAG